GUACGCGCCAGUGUGAGUACGCGCCUCCGCUCUCUCAAACUUUCUUUCCCUGAUAACUUUCACUUUUUUCUCUUGUAUUCCCUGGCAGCGGAGGGAUGGUCUUUUGAAGGAGAGGUUACACCCAGGCAACUGAACACUUUUCACCUUGGAAACUCCACGAGGCGCACUGAUAACUUUGAGCAGGAUCUACAGAGUGUGAAUGGGGGCACUUGGGGAGACUUUUACGCAUCGAUUUAACUGACGCAAACCCUUUUCCCCUUCUCAAUGGCCAGGUGGCGUUCAAAGGAGAAUCUACAGCUGCGCGUUAAACUUUUGUAAACUUUUCUCCAACAGCGGACUUACAGCGGACUUCUCAACCACUUUUCAUCGCUUUUUUUUUUGGAAUCUUGCGCCUUUUAUGCCUUUUCCCUUGUGUUUGGAAAUAGCUGAAUACUUGGAUAGGAUGCCUGGGAGCGGACAGGAGACGCGGACAUCGCUCUGCUGGCUUCGGGCUCUUGUUGGUGCGCUGCUGCUGUGCGCCGUCGCCGUGGAUGGAUGCCCACACAAGUGCAGCUGCUCCGGCUCACAUGUGGACUGCCAGGGGCUGGGCUUGAAGACAGUGCCCAAAGGGAUACCCAGGAACGCAGAAAGACUGGACUUAAACCGGAACAAUAUCACAAGAAUCACCAAAGUGGACUUCUCCGGCCUCAAAAACCUCAGGAUUCUUCACCUGGAGGACAACCAAAUGAGUGUUAUCGAAAGAGGAGCCUUCCAAGAUCUCAGACUUCUGGAGAGACUUCGGCUGAACAGAAACCGCCUUCAGUUCCUCCCAGAGCUGCUCUUCCAGUCCAACCCCAAACUGGGCCGGCUAGACCUGAGUGAGAACCAGAUCCAGGCUGUUCCCAGAAAGGCAUUCCGUGGGAUCACCAAUGUCAAGAACCUGCAACUGGACAGCAACCACAUCAGCUGCAUUGAAGAUGGAGCUUUCCGAGCGCUGCGCGAUCUGGAGAUUCUCACUCUCAACAACAACAACAUCAGCCUCAUCCCUCUGUCCAGCUUCAACCACAUGCCCAAGCUGCGGACCCUGCGACUGCACUCCAACAAUCUCCACUGUGACUGUCACCUCUCCUGGCUCUCUGAUUGGCUACGAGCCAGGAGAGGGCUGGCCCCCUUCACACAGUGCAUGUCCCCCGCCCACAUGAGAGGCCUGAAUGUCCCGGACGUCCAGAAGAAGGAUUUCGUCUGCAAUGGUCCAGCUCAGACCGAGUCCAAACCAUGUCUUCCUCCUGUGGCCGUGUGUCCGCCGAGCUGCAGCUGCAACAACAACAUCGUGGACUGUCGCCGCAAAGGUCUGACGGAGAUUCCUGCCAAUCUGCCAGAGGGCAUUGUGGAGAUCCGUUUGGAGCAAAACCUGAUUAAAAGCGUUCCACCAGGAGCCUUCACUGCCUAUAAGAAGCUCAAGAGAAUCGACCUGAGUAAGAACCAGAUUUCUGACAUUGCUGCCGAUGCGUUCAGUGGCCUACGAUCCCUCACUUCACUGGUGCUGUAUGGCAACAAGAUCACAGAGCUGCCCAAGGGACUGUUUGAUGGACUGGCCUCCUUGCAGCUGUUGUUGUUGAAUGCAAACAAAAUAAACUGCCUUCGGGUCAACACCUUCCAAGACCUCCAGAACCUCAAUCUGCUGUCUCUCUAUGACAACAAGCUGCAAACCAUCAGCAAAGGACUGUUCGCCCCACUGCGCGCCAUCAAGACUCUUCACCUGGCUCAGAAUCCAUUCAUGUGUGACUGUCACCUGAAGUGGUUGGCUGAUUACCUCUUUGACAACCCCAUAGAGACGAGUGGAGCACGCUGUAGCCAUCCCCGAAGACUGGCCAACAAACGCAUCAGCCAGGUCAAAGGCAAGAAGUUCAGAUGCACAGGUCAGGAGGACUACCGCAGCCGGCUGAGUGGAGAGUGCUUCCAAGAUUUGGUGUGUCCAGAAAAGUGUCGCUGUGAAGGCACUGUGGUGGACUGCUCCAAUCUCAAACUGACCCGUCUCCCCCCUCAUAUACCGGAACAUACCACUGACCUGCGGUUAAACGACAAUGAGAUUGCUGUUCUGGAGGCGACAGGAACAUUCAAGAAGCUGCCAAACUUGAGAAAGAUUAACCUGAGCAACAACAAGCUGCGGGACAUUCGUGAGGGAGUGUUUGAUGGAGCAGGUGGAGUUCUGGAGUUGCUGCUGACCGGGAACAAACUGACCGGGCUGCAGGGACGCAUGUUCAGAGGACUCACUGGCCUCAAAACACUGAUGCUGCGUAGCAACCAAAUCAACUGCAUCGACAACAGCACGUUCACCGGUCUGAGCUCUGUGCGUCUUCUGUCUCUGUACGACAACCGGAUCUCCAGCAUUGCCCCAGGAGCCUUUUCCACCCUUCACUCCCUCUCCACCAUUAACCUCCUGUCCAACCCUUACGUGUGCGACUGUCAUUUGGCGUGGCUGGGGCAGUGGCUGAAGAAGACCAGAGUAGUGAGUGGAAAUCCUCGCUGUCAGAAACCAGCAUUCCUCAAGGAGAUCCCCAUUCAAGAUGUGGCCACUCCGGACUUCACAUGUGAUGGUACGGAGGAUAACGGCUGCCUCCCCUCGGCUGGUUGUCCGGAUGCCUGCACGUGCUCAGAUGGCGUGGUGCGCUGUAGCAACAGAGGGCUGCACUCUCUGCCCAAGGGCAUUCCCAAGGACACCACUGAACUAUAUCUGGAAGGCAAUAUGCUGACAUCUGUGCCCAAGGAGUUAUCGUCUCUCAAACAGCUGUUAUUGGUGGACCUGAGCAACAACAGCAUCAGCAUGUUGGCCCCAUACACCUUCAGCAAUAUGAGUCAGCUCGCCACACUUAUUCUGAGUUACAACCAGAUUCGAUGCAUCCCGGUUCAUGCUUUUGACGGACUGAAGUCUCUACGUUUACUAACCCUCCAUGGUAAUGACCUUUCAACUAUCCCAGAAGGAGCUUUCAACCACCUCACGUCGCUGUCCCACCUUGCUCUUGGAGCCAAUCCUUUGUAUUGCAAUUGUGAUCUGCGAUGGCUGUCUCAGUGGGUUAAGGCUGGUUUUAAGGAGCCUGGCAUUGCGCGCUGCACUGGACCUCCCGACAUGGCUGACAGGUUGCUGCUCACCACGCCACUGAACAGGUUCCAGUGCAAAGGUCCAGCUGACAUUAGCCUGAUGUCCAAGUGUGCACCCUGCCUGGCUUCUCCCUGCCAGAACAAUGGGACGUGUGUCUCUGAUGCCGCUGGAGUGUACCACUGCACCUGUCCCUAUGGGUUUAAGGGUCAAAACUGUGAAAUUCCCAUCAACGCCUGUGUUAGCUUCCCCUGCGCUAAUGGAGGAACCUGCCACAUCGAGCCAGGAAUAGAGGACCAUUUCAGCUGUGUGUGUCUACCGGGAUUCGAAGGCCAGCGAUGUGAGAUAAACCCAGACGACUGUGAAGACAACGACUGUGAAAACAACUCCACCUGUGUCGAUGGAGUCAACAACUACACUUGCCUAUGUCCACCCAACUACACAGGUGAUCUUUGUGAAGAAGUGGUGGACCAUUGCCUGCCAGGAUUUGAUCCCUGUCAGCAUGACUCCAAGUGCCUCCAGGUCGGCCGCAGCUACAGGUGCGAGUGUUUGCCUGGUUACAUUGGCCAGCGCUGUGAGCAGGACUAUAACGACUGCCUGGAGAACAAGUGUCAGCACGGGGCAGAGUGUGUGGACGCAGUGAACGGUUAUACCUGCAUCUGCAAAGAGGGCUUCAGUGGGCUGUUCUGCGAGAACCCUCCACCAAUGAUCUUGCUUCAGACCAGCCCAUGUGACCAGUCCGAUUGCCAAAACGGUGCCCAGUGCCUGGUGGUUGCUGAGGAACCCGUCUGCCGCUGCAUGCCGGGUUUCUAUGGCAAUAAAUGCGACAAGAUGGCCACCGUUCACUUCCUCGGAAGAGAUGCAUAUGUGGGGUUGCCAAGUAUGAAGCUCCCCUCCAGAGUUCAUAUUUCUUUACAGGUGGCCACUGAAAAGGACAAUGGCGUUUUGCUGUAUAAAGAGGACCAUGACCCUCUGGCUCUGGAACUGUACCAGGGACAUAUACGACUCAUCUAUGACAUCGCAAGCUAUCCACCAACCACUGUGUACAGUGUGGAGUCUGUGAAUGAUGGCCUCUUUCACACUGUUGAGCUCCUCAUUCAGGACCGCUCCCUAAGCCUGGUAGUGGACAAUGGCGCCCCCAAGAGCAUGAGCAAACAGGCUCCGCCAUCUGUGGACCAUAGCACUCAGCUAUAUAUUGGAGGUGUGCCAUCACAGGUGGUGGCCUCAGGUUUGCGACCAGGUCCAGAUCGCUCGCCCCAGACUUUUAAUGGCUGCAUUCAUAAUAUUCAGAUCAACGGGGAGCUGCAAGACUUGAGCUACCAGAGCACAGGUGGAGGACAGCAAGGAGUUGAAAGCAAAGUCAAUGGUGUCCUUCCAGGCUGCCAUUCGUGCAGUGUGUGUGCCCAGGGUGCAUGCAGAGAAGGAGGAGAGACAGGUGUGACAUGUGACUGUCCCCCGGGACGCACUGGGUCCUUAUGUGAUCAAACAACUACCACUCCAAGCCUCUGUCAGAACCACAGAUGUGUUCAUGGUGUGUGCGUGCCAAAAGGACAGUCGUACAGCUGUCAGUGCAGUGAAGGCUACCAGGGACAGUACUGCGAUCGGCGACAGGAGCCUCCGGCCUGCAGGGGGCGCCGCUGUGGCCAUGGAGAGUGUCGAGUAACUGAGACUGGAGAACCGGCGUGCCAGUGUCAGCCAGGAUACACUGGACCCACAUGUGACACAGAAUUGACGUGUCAGGGGGAGAUGGUGAGGGAGCAGCUGAAGCGACACCAGCCCCUAAGAACAUGCACAUCCACCAGUAAAAUCCCCCGCAUGGACUGCCCCCGAUCCUGCCAGGCCACAGCGCCCCCUGGUGUUUGCUGCGGAGUGACAAAGAGUAGGAAGCGAAAGGUGGUUUUCCGCUGCACUGACGGCGCCUCGUACUCAGAAGAGAUGGAGACAGCUCUGGAGUGUGGCUGCUCCAAGUGCCCGUUGUAACAGCACUGUUUAUUUCUACACUCGCCGCUGCCAUUUUGUGAACUGUCCCUAAUCUUCUUCACACUGAACACUGCGCUUCUGUUCUUCUCCAUGUUCAUAUUGACCAGUGCCAAAUUGCUGCCAGGAGAAACCACAACUAAACAAUGGGACAUGUGUGCGUGUUUUUUGACAGAGGAAAUCUAUUGUAAAAUAUAUGUGAGAAAACAUAGAACUUAUUUUUAUUAUGGACUGAGUUGUUAUUUUAAUGUUGAUUAUGUUAUGUGUUACAUAGUAUGAAACAAUAUUUUGUAAGAAUAAAAAGUAUAUUGCUAAUAGAUUAACAUUCUUAAAACUAUAUAAUUUUAUAUGUUUGUAUAAAUCUUUUAAGUACCUAAUCCAUUGAAUUUUGUAUUUUGCAUGAUAUUAACGUGCGUGACAACAUGCGGGAGGCUUUGGACUUCAUCGGUUGCAAAAAAAAGAACAGGUGCCACACCAUCAUUUCCUUCACAUUUUGGAGACUAAAAAGCCGUGUUCACUGGCUUUACUUCCAUGGACCUUCAAAUCACUGAGAAAGACUCUUUUCAUAGAGAUGAUAAACAAGGUGUUUUAAUGUCCUCCGCUUACAGUCUGAUACAGACAUGUUUGCAGUUCACCUGACACCACAUGUACCUCACUUGUGUGUACAGUACAACUGAAUAAUUAAGGAAAAUUAAACCCAAUUCAGAAAAGUUGGCAUAAAAAGUACAAGUUCACUUAACAAUUCUCUAAAUAAUGUAUUAAACCAAAGCUAAAACAAAAUGUGCCUAAUUGAGUCGUAUAUUCACCAUUAGGUGCCUUAAUUGUAAAGUAUCUGUAUAUUGAUAAUACAUAUCAAUUGCAUCAACUUGUCCAUAAAUGUGAAAAGGCAGUGAGAGCAAAAUCUCUUUGUAUCUGUAUUUUGUCUUGUUUUGUAUACCCGUAUAUCAUGACCCUUCAGUGUUCUCUUUAAGUUAAAAUCUCCCCAAAUCAUGCACAAAUCCUACCGGACAAACCUUAAAAUAUUUUAGGUACAAGAGAGAAAAUGUGUCAUUUUUGUAGCUGCUGCUAAUCUGUCUGGGUGAAAACUUAUAUGAGAGGAAACAGAUCCAAAACUCCAAAAAUGAACAAAAUUAUUUUUGCCUGUCGCGUCUCGCCUUAAUGUUAUUUUAUGAUGUGGAUUGGAUACAUAUUGAAUGUAUAAAAAUUAAACCACCAACUAAAA